GUUCAGUCUGCGACUAGGCAGCGCGCCUUCGACGUCGCGCUCGCGCGUUAACGAACGUUUACUUCCUUAAUCCUCACCUAACCAUAAUCCGAGGCUUUGUUAAAUCAGGUUCAUCCGACGUUAUUAACGAUAAUAUCGAUAUAUUAAUACUAUCGAAAGAUUAUAACGUGAAUGUAAAUCUGGAACAUUUAGUUUCGAUGGUGAUGCAACCUAUCAAGAAUUAUCUCUCGUAGUGAUACUAGGAAAGAUAGUCAACAAGUAUCUCCAAGAGAUUUCCUAGGUAUAUAAACGCUUUUCCGAAGAUGGGGAAAGGUGAACGCAACAAGAGUCACCAACAUGAUCCAUUCUCAUACAUCGUAUCGUAUACAUCGAAAAAGAGAACCUGAAGCGAGCGAAUGUGCGAACUGGGGUUUCUUUCACCCUGCGGGACGGCAAUAGGAAGACCCGUCGUCGUCCCUGGAGUCUCUUUCGUCGGUUGUCCUACGCUCUCAUGAGGCCCUACUACCGUCGGAAAACAUGAAGACCGAUCGUCCGACGAUGAUUCUCAGCUUCUGCGUUCUCCUGUUACUGCUAAGACCCGACGUUUGUUCCCUGGUAAUACGAUCAUGCAAUCAAUCGCUAGGAAUGGAAUCUGGUGAUAUUCCAGAUUCCUCGAUAACAGCGUCAUCGUCGUACGUAACUAACGUUGGUCCACGUAAUGGAAGACUACGAAAGGAGACAGCGGGAGGCGCAUGGUGUCCAAGAAGUCAAAUAGAAAGAGGAAUUCGCGAAUGGUUACAAGUGGAUCUUCCGGGAGCUCAUGUGAUAACCGGAGUGCAGACACAAGGUCGUUAUGAUCAUGGUCGUGGCCAGGAAUACGUCGAGGAGUAUACUCUUGAGUAUCGACGACCAACAUUUUCCGAAUGGCGUCGUUAUAAACGUUCGAAUAACCAAGAGGUUUUCCCUGGCAACAGCGACACGUCCACGGUUGUGUCCCAUAAUCUUGUACCGCCGAUCUUCGCCAAUCAAAUUCGUAUCUUGCCACAUUCGGUCCACAGACGUACGGUUUGCCUUCGUAUCGAACUCAGAGGUUGUCAAGAUACCAAUGGCAUAACGAGUUAUACUAUACCAGAAUCACCGAUGGUAGAACUCAGUGACACUUCGUACGACGGUAAAAGGCAGUACAACUCGUUGACCGAUGGUUUGGGCCGACUGAUAGAUGGCGAGGUCGGCGCGGAUAAUUACAGGCUGGACAUGGGAGAUGGAAGAGGAACCGGGUGGGUCGCUUGGAUGCGCGAUACCUUUACUACCGAUUUCAUAGAAAUUGUCUUAGAAUUUGAGAAUCAUUGGAUAUUCGAAGCCGUUCACAUUUACACGAACAAUUAUUUCUCGCGUGACGUUCAGGUUUUUUCGAGGGCUAAUAUUUGGUUCAGUCAAGAUGGCGAAUAUUACGAGGACGAACCAAUCGCUUAUUCUUACAUACCAGAUAUAGUAUUGGAAAAUGCCCGAAAUGUUACGAUUGGACUUCGCGGUCGACAAGGAAAAUUUCUUAAAUUUCAUCUUUAUUUCGCAGCACGUUGGAUCAUGAUCGGCGAGAUUAUGUUCGACAAAUCCAAUCCAUACGAAAACGUAACGGAGGAGACAACUUUGGUGUUGCAAGAUGGCGAAACUCCGGUCAGUCCAAAUGCAGAUCUCAAUCUCAAUCUGCAAACAGUCACAGCACCGGGCGAAGGACAGGAAUAUUUGGAGGUAUUGAUAGGCGUCCUCACGGCUAUUAUACUUCUUCUACUCAUGGUCUUUGUUGUCAUUUUGCUAUUGAAUCGACGACAAAAACUUCAAAGUUCCCCGACCGUACUUAAAAAUCCGUUUGGAUUCACGAUCAAUAUGAAAGGACUACUUCUAAAUUUAACGCCUGGUGGCAUGUUGAAUGACAGUGGUAAUCAUGCAUCGGUUGACGCGCCAGAAGACGUCAGCGUUCAUGAAUCGUUAACAAUGGAACAAUUCGAUUCGCCAUUGGUUAGUCCGCAAUGUAAAUCCACUUAUGCGAUCGUAGCUAAUUCCGAAUCACCAAAAGAUCCCGAUAACUCGACGAUUUCCGAAGAAAACGUACGAUUGAACAGUCGAGCAGAUUCCAUAUUGGAACCACCAAGUCGUUCCUCCUCGCCAACCGAAUCAACCUCUCGUCAUAUGCAUCAUUACAGAACAUUACAAAGUUACAGCAGUACCAGCAAUAAACUUAACAUGACAACGAUAACAACGACGACGACAACUACGAAUACUAUAACAACGACGACGACGAGUUAUCGUCGAGAUAUAGACCGUGGUCACUCAAAACGCUGGCACACAGCACCGAAAGAAAAAUCUGUUGCAUUACAACAUAACAAUGCUUCGUCAAUUAACAAGAUACCCGCACCCGUCGUCACUUGGAACAUAGCUCCUAGCAUGAACAAGCCAUACAAAUGCAAAGAAAUCGAACCAACCGGUGUACCCCGACUUUGCUUGAGAACCACGGAGAAACUUGGCUCGAGCACUAUCGGAGAAGCUAUCGUCUGUGAGACCGUAGACCUGGACGACGUUAUACCAAGUGCUCCAAGAUUGGUCGUGGCCCGUGUACCAACUUGUAUCAACGACAUUCGAAGUGGGCACAUAAGCAACAACGCUGGAGGGAUCGGCAUGCCCGGUACGAACGAUCAAAUGAGAGAAGUGAGGUUUCUAUCUGGAUUGUCCGAUCCAAAUGUGGCAAGGAUCUUGGGUGUCUGUGCAGCGGAGCCAGCACCAUGGACAAUCAUCGAGUACACCGAACUCGGUGAUCUUGCCCAUUAUCUUCAGUAUAGCGUACCGCUUACAGGAACUUUAAGACCGACCUGCAAUCUAAAGACCCUGAGUCAAAACUGUCUCCUCUACAUGGGUACGCAAAUAGCUUCGGGUAUGAGGUACCUCGAAUCAAAGAAUCUGGUACAUAAGGAUCUGGCUGCCAGAAAUUGCUUGGUUGGUCGAUCAUACACCGUGAAAGUUACGGAUAUCGCAAUGUGCAGCGAUCUUUAUAAGAAGGAUUACAGCGACAUUGGUGGUAGACCACCAGCACCGAUCAGGUGGUUACCAUGGGAAAGCAUUCUCUUGGAUAGGUAUACAUGUGCAAGUAGUACAUGGUCAUUCGCAGUCACGCUUUGGGAAGUGAUGAGUUUAGCUAGAGAAAAACCAUUCCAACAUCUCACCAAUGAUCAAGUUAUUAGAAACGCCGAACAUAUGUAUUAUGGAGAGGAAUCACAAGUGUUCCUACCGAAACCAACAAUGUGUCCAGAUGACGUUUACAAAAUGAUGUGUUCCUGUUGGAGAAGGGACGAAGAAGCAAGACCAUCUUUCAAAGACAUCUAUUCUUUCUUGAAGAACACGAUCGCGGAUUAUCGACCAGGCACAUAACAUCGAUAAACAUUGAACGAAUUUUGUUCCUCGUUUCGAAUAACAACGUUAUCGGAUGGGCUACGAGUAAUCUGAAACGGUAUUCGCGUAUCAUUUGAGCUUCGGCACUCUUAUUAGAUGACAAAUCUUUGAAAACUAACACUACCCGACACAAGACAUUUCCGUUUGAACGUACGAGUCCGAACAACUUUCUAAGAUCGUCUACGACGAGACGAUAAACGGAAAGCGAUUUGCGUUAUAAGAUGUCCUGUCUAAACGCAUUAACCUUUGCCGUUCUAGAGAUCCGUGAACUUCCGUAAACGCUAACUAAAGGUUUCUUUGCUGCUGCUGAUUGGAUUGCGAACAAUUAGCUACACGUUUUGCGCGAACACGAUAACGUGUCAAAUAAGAGAGACUGCCAGAGUAUGCGUGCGUACGUGCGUCGUGUGUGUAUGUGUGUGUGUGUUUGCGUCUGUACAUCGGACAAAAAAGAAAGAAGAUAUUGGGCAAACUUACGUAUUUUUCCUACGAGGGACACAGAUUCUUUUUUUUUGGUUUUUUUUUUUUUUUUUGUUAGGAAAAUCUUGUUCGUGGCCUGAUAAACAGGUGCAAGCAAUUCUCUUUUGAAACCCCACUGAUAAAAAACAAAAAAGAAAGAAAAAGAAAAGAAACAGAAAAAAAAAGAAAAAGGAAAAAAAAAGAAAAAAAAAAGAAAACACUUCCGUCGAAUCAUUUCCCUCGGCGUCAAGAUCGGUUGAUGUGACAUUAAGGGUACGUUUUGACGUGACAGCGAAUCGUGACUCCUUCACGGUCAUGACACUAAAUUUUACGACUUUUUGUCGUCGUAAAAACUUAGACGUCACGUUGUCGUGACAUUGGACUCGUUGUCACGCGACAUCAUUGUCACGAAAUCAAAAGGAGGCUUGAUUUUUAACUAAAUGUCGUGACAUCGAAUUGCGUGAAAAUAGCAUGUGGAUAGUUGAAGGGAGGGAGUAGGGCGACAAAAAAAAGAAACGUCACGCUGUGUCGUACAAUAUCACGACAACAAAAUCCAUUACUACUUUAAUCGUCACGUAAAAACGUAUCCACGUUAAACUUCAAAUUUGUAGGAAAAGAUAGCGAGUGUGAGAAAAUCGAAUAUUGUAAGUAAUUGAUCAUUAAAAUUAUAUUAAUCCUUGGAUUCAAUUAAUUUAUACGAUUAGAUGAUAAAUGUUAUAAUUUUGUCCAAACGACCGAUCAAACGCAAUCAAUUGAAGCGUUUUAAACGACUUCAAAUACUUUCCUUUCUAUGAGUAAAAAUUCAUUGUGUACACUGUACAGUAUUGUGAAAUCGAUAAUAUGUAAUAAGCACGACAUUGCAGUACGAUAAGUCUAUCCACUGUACAUAACAGUAACAACAACAACAAUAGCAACAACAAACAUAAUACGAAUGAAUACCUAUUGAAAUCAUCAAGAUUUUUACGGUGCUACGCUUGUUAGUCGAUGAUUGUUUCGGUUAAAUAAUGAUAAGCGAGGAAAGCGUCUGCGUGAUACGAAAUAAUCAUUAAUUUCGUCAUUUAUAAUCUAAUCAUCGUGGAGUAUUACGAGCGUUUUUAACAAGACCAUUUUGUGCAAA